AUGACGGAAUACUCUGCUGCCUUCAGUGCCACCGCCGAAUCCACUUCCGUGUCAAGCGAACCCAAACAGCCCGAAGCUUUCAUGCAGGACAUACUCGGCUCGGAUGGCUCACAGCAGCAGCAGCAACAUCAUCUUCUUCAUCCAGACCCCAAGGCCCAGACGGCUAGUACCCUCCCUAUCUGGUUCCAGGCCAUCAAAGGCACCAGCGCCAUCCACUCGGGUGUCAUGAACCUGCCAAUGAUCAUCAGUUUCGUGAUCGCGUCCGUGUCGGGCGGACUCUGGCCACACCAAGUGGAUCGGCUACCAGGUGAUCCUGGGGCUGGGGAGCAGAACAUUGCCAAGGAGGUGCCGUCGAUUGAUCCGGAGACGGUGGUCAAUGUAGGGGUCAUGGCCUUGUACCAUGUAGUUAUUGUGGCUUACAACCGGGCCAUGACGCAUACAUUUUAUGUUGGAGUUGCGAUGGCAUGCCUGAGUGUUUUGGGGGCAGUGUUGGAGUGGGUAUAUAUCAGUGCAGCUUGA